AGAGUCUCGCCCCGUCGUCCAGGCUGGAGUGCAGUGGCACGAUCUCGGCUCACUGCGACCUCCGACUCCCGGGUUCAAGCGAUUCUCCUGCCUCAGCCUCCCAAGUAGCUGGAACUACAGGCACCCGCCACCAUGCCCUGCUAAUUUUUGUAUUUUUCGUAGAGACAGGGUUUUGCCAUUUUGGCCAGGCUGGUCUCGAACUUGGGACCUCAGGUGAUCCUCCCGCCUUCGCCUCCCAAAGUGCUAGUAUUACAAGCGUGAGCCACCGCGCCUGGCCUCCAAGCACAUUUUGUAUUAGCGACAGCUGUGCUCGGCCGGGGACGGUGAAAAUAUACAGUUCAGAAAAUGCACCUCAGUGUGAACCAAAUGUAGCUGAGCGCGCUUUAACCUGGAGGGGACAUCGCCACCUCACAAACUCCCGAAAGAAAGGGACACGGCGCAUCCAUCAUGGCUGCCGGAGACAGAACAGCUAGAGGCAACGGAAAGGAAAUGGCGCCGGGGCCCGCCGCCAUUCUCAGCGGGCCCAGGGCGGCGGAGCGAGAGGGCUGGCGGCGCCAUAUAGGAAGGCCACCCAGGGAAUUUAAGACACUCCCGGCCUCUGGCACCAGAGGACUCUGAAACUUGAUAACAAUAUGGAGGACGGUUAUUGUCUCUGCAAAGCAACUUCUUCAAGCCGGCCGCGGGGUCUGUCCCGAGAUCGGAAUCAGGCAAAAUCCUCUAUUCUCUAAACAGAAUGCGUUACGCAUACUGCGUAUCUUCGCAACAGCAGGCUGGCUAACGACGCAAAGAAUGUUACGUCGCACUAGAGGCGCUUCCUCCCACCUCACCCCACGUUCUAGUUCAGGUGGCGCGAGAACUCUACGCUCGCUCCGUACUUUAUUUUUCUUGUACAGACCGCAAAUACGCCCAUCGUCGCAACUGACGUAAAGUGCUUCCAAGAAUACCCGUAGUUCCCCGCGGAUCCCUCGGGCUAUUCCGAGACGCUGUUUACGUAUCGUGUCCGCCGUACGUAGCGUUAAGUUGGAGCCGACUCAGCGGCGGCCGCCAUUUUGUGCAGUCGCUGGGAAGGAAGGAGACGCCUAAACCGCGGCGCUGCCCGGUUUGAGCGUAGCCAAACCUGCCCACCGGCUUUGUAGCCCCGAUUCUCUGUGUUUUGCUCCCGUCUCCGACGAGAGAGGCGGCGACGGUGGCGUCUGCGACGGGAGACAGCGCGUCGGAGCGAGAGAGCGCUGCGCCUGCCGCCGCCCCAACAGCGGAGGCGCCGCCGCCAUCGGUCGUCACCAGACCGGAGCCGCAGGCCCUCCCGAGCCCGGCCAUCCGUGCCCCGCUCCCAGAUCUCUAUCCUUUUGGGACCAUGCGCGGAGGAGGCUUUGGGGACCGGGACCGGGAUCGUGACCGUGGAGGAUUUGGAGCAAGAGGCGGUGGUGGCCUUCCCCCGAAGAAAUUUGGUAAUCCUGGGGAGCGUUUGCGUAAAAAAAAGUGGGAUUUGAGUGAGCUCCCCAAGUUUGAGAAAAAUUUUUAUGUGGAACAUCCGGAAGUAGCAAGGCUAACACCAUAUGAGGUCGAUGAGCUACGCCGAAAGAAAGAGAUUACAGUGAGGGGCGGAGAUGUUUGUCCUAAACCCGUGUUUGCCUUCCAUCAUGCUAACUUCCCACAAUAUGUAAUGGAUGUGUUGAUGGAUCAGCACUUUACAGAACCAACUCCAAUUCAGUGCCAGGGAUUUCCGUUGGCUCUUAGUGGCCGGGAUAUGGUGGGCAUUGCUCAGACUGGCUCUGGGAAGACGUUGGCGUAUCUCCUGCCUGCAAUUGUUCAUAUUAACCACCAGCCAUACUUGGAAAGGGGAGAUGGCCCAAUCUGUCUAGUUCUGGCUCCUACCAGAGAGCUUGCCCAGCAAGUACAGCAGGUGGCCGAUGACUAUGGCAAAUGUUCUAGAUUGAAGAGUACUUGUAUUUAUGGAGGUGCUCCUAAAGGUCCCCAGAUUCGAGACUUGGAAAGAGGUGUUGAGAUCUGCAUAGCCACUCCUGGACGUCUGAUAGAUUUCCUGGAGUCAGGAAAGACAAAUCUUCGCCGAUGUACUUACCUUGUAUUGGACGAAGCUGACAGAAUGCUUGAUAUGGGGUUUGAACCCCAGAUCCGUAAAAUUGUUGACCAAAUCAGGCCUGAUAGGCAGACAUUGAUGUGGAGUGCAACCUGGCCGAAAGAAGUAAGACAGCUCGCAGAGGAUUUCCUUCGUGAUUACACCCAGAUCAACGUAGGCAAUCUGGAGUUGAGUGCCAACCACAACAUCCUCCAGAUAGUGGAUGUCUGCAUGGAAAGUGAAAAAGACCACAAGUUGAUCCAACUAAUGGAAGAAAUAAUGGCUGAAAAGGAAAACAAAACAAUAAUAUUUGUGGAGACAAAGAGACGCUGUGAUGAUCUGACUCGAAGGAUGCGCAGAGAUGGUUGGCCAGCUAUGUGUAUCCAUGGAGACAAGAGUCAACCAGAAAGAGAUUGGGUACUUAAUGAGUUCCGUUCUGGAAAGGCACCCAUCCUUAUUGCUACAGAUGUAGCCUCCCGUGGGCUAGAUGUGGAAGAUGUCAAGUUUGUGAUCAACUAUGACUAUCCAAACAGCUCAGAGGAUUAUGUGCACCGUAUUGGCCGAACAGCCCGUAGCACCAACAAGGGUACCGCCUAUACCUUCUUCACCCCAGGGAACCUAAAACAGGCCAGAGAGCUUAUCAAAGUGCUGGAAGAGGCCAAUCAGGCUAUCAAUCCAAAACUGAUGCAGCUUGUGGACCACAGAGGAGGUGGCGGAGGCGGGGGUAAGGGUGGUCGUUCUCGUUACCGGACCACUUCUUCAGCCAACAAUCCCAAUCUGAUGUAUCAGGAUGAGUGUGACCGAAGGCUUCGAGGAGUCAAGGAUGGUGGCCGGAGAGACUCUGCAAGCUAUCGGGAUCGUAGUGAAACCGAUAGAGCUGGUUAUGCUAAUGGCAGUGGCUAUGGAAGUCCAAAUUCUGCCUUUGGAGCACAAGCAGGCCAAUACACCUAUGGUCAAGGCACCUAUGGGGCAGCUGCUUAUGGCACCAGUAGCUAUACAGCUCAAGAAUAUGGUGCUGGCACUUAUGGAGCUAGUAGCACCACCUCAACUGGGAGAAGUUCACAGAGCUCUAGCCAGCAGUUUAGUGGGAUAGGCCGGUCUGGGCAGCAGCCACAGCCACUGAUGUCACAACAGUUUGCACAGCCUCCGGGAGCUACCAAUAUGAUAGGUUACAUGGGGCAGACUGCCUACCAAUACCCUCCACCACCUCCCCCUCCUCCUCCUUCACGUAAAUGAAACCACUUAAGUGGUAGUGACUCCAGCAGACUUAAUUACAUUUUAAGGAACACUGUCUUCCUGUUUUUUUUCCUCUUCCCCUUUUCUUUUUUUUCUUUUUUCUUUUUUUAAUUCCUUUUUUCUUUUCUUUUUUUAAUUUUUCCCCCCAACCAUCGUGAUUUGUCUUUUCAUGCAGAUUAGUUAGAAUUCACUGCCAGGUUUCUUCUGCCCACCAAAAUGAUCCAGUCUGUAAUAACAUUUUGUAUAAAAAAAAAAAUUAUAUAUAUAUAUAAAUAUAGCUGACUGGAAGAGAUUAAUUUCUUCCCCCAACUUCUUGCAUGUUGAAGAUAUUUGAGCUAUUUUUCAUCUUAAAGAGUAAGGUACUAGGCCCUUUUGUGGGAGCCCAUCUUUUGUUUUUCUGAGUUGGUGGGGAGGGAGGGAGGGGAGGGCUGAAUUGUUUUGCAGAGGAAGAUGGCAUCUGUGCUUUAAAUUUCUCAUUACUGGGUUAGAAAACAGAGGGAUUGCCCUGCACAUUUUCUUUCAUGCUUUUAAAUGUUUCUCAAGUUGGAACAGGUUUCCUCGGGCCUGUUUUGACUGAUUGCUUGAGUGCAUUUGACAGUUAAAAAUUACUAAUUGGUUUCAUCUCCCUUUACACUCUGCCUCCCCACUUCUCCCCCCAUUACUGAAAAAUAACCAUUUUAGUGUCAGGCUAGAAAUUGAAUUGCUGAGUCUUGUGUAUCCUUUAAAUGAAAAACCACAAGUGUUUAUUGCAGUGGUUAAACUGUAGCAUCUCAGCAUCUGGGUGGAAGCUGCCUAUAUUUCUUCCCAGUAUAACUGGGGACCAUCUGUGAAAUUAAUUUUCCAUCCAGACAGCUGCUGUGAGCAAAUGAACAUAAAUGCUCACUGGAAAUUUACUAACCAGUUUUUACAUUGACCUGCAGUGCAAAAAGCACAUUUAAUUAUAACCAAUAUAUUCAAAAUGGACAAAUUUUCUUUUCAAAUGCAGCGUAGAGCUAGAAUAAAAGGAACUCUUUUGCCAGCUACUCUGCCCUUUUGGCAAAGUUACCUUGAACAAAGAAUCUUAAGGGUUUAUUAAGAACUCUUAUUUUCUUCAUACCCUGUUCUCUGCAGUGCUUCUAACAGCUUCUGGGUGCAGAUUUUCUUCGGCAUCCUUUUGCACUCAGCUUAUUACAGGUAGGUAGUGCUUAAGAAAAGUCAUGGAGGACUAAAGCCUAAGUCCUUUUCACUUUUCCUCCAUCUGAAGGUAGGUGAGUUCAUCCUCUUCAUAGUAAUGCUGUUUUACCAAGACUUUAUAGCAGAUGGACCCAGAAUUUUCUGCUAUUGUGUUCACUACAACAGGAUAGGGACAUCAGACAGCCCCAGAAACCCCUUCCAGAUCUGAUAUGGGACUAUUAAUUUUUAUGCUGUUAAUUGGUAUUCAUUCACAAUGCAGUUAAAGGGGGACGGCUCCACUGCAUUCUUUGGCUAAGGCCCGAAUGCUUGCUGAUCUGUAAGAUCUAUACUCGAGGUUUGUUUUCCUUUUAAAAUUCUUUAGGGAGAGAGGGAUGGUUUCUGAGGGGUUCUGAAAGUAUGAUUCAAUGUGCAACAUAACAGGUAGGUCUUCAGCAUAAGCUGAAAUAUAUGCAUGUAAAAACUUUGACAUCUCUUUUUUUUAAUUUUCCACUUUCUUCUUAACUUUACUUCUCUUUUUGUCCCCCCCAUCUUAUAGAAGUUGAGGCCAAGGGAGGAUGGUAGGCACAGAAGAAACAUGGCAAACUGCUCUGUGCUUUCAAACCAAAGUGUUCCCCCCAACCGCAAAUUUGUCUAAGCACUGGCCAGUCUGUUGUGGGCAUUGUUUUCUACAACCAAAUUCUGGGUUUUUUUUUUCCUUCUUUAAAUAUAGAGGUUCCACCACAAGGGAUGCCCUACUCUCUCGCAGCUCUUGAAAGCAUCUGUUUGAGGGAAAAGUCUCUGGGCAAGCAAGUGGUUAUUUGGAUUGCUUGCUUCCCUUUUUCCACCUGGGACAUUGUAAUCAUAAAAUAACAGUAAAUUCCAAACCUCAAAAACUAUUAUGGCCUGAGCACAGUUGAAAUCUAGCAGAGUUUAACUCUUCUGCCUCCAUGUCUGUCACUUAUAAUUCAGGUUCUGCUGUUGGCUUCAGAACGUGAGCAGAAGAAUCAUUUUGUGCUAGUUACUGCAUUCAUGGUUGAAACUCAACUUAGGGAAAGGGUUUCAAUGUAUUAAGCAAUGGGCUGCUUCUCCCCAAUCCUCCCUAACAAUUCGUUGUGUGGACUUCUCAUCUAAAAGGUUAGUGGCUUUUGCUUGGGAUCAGUGCUCUCUAUUCAUGUUCUUGCUGGUCUCCAAACACAUUCCUGUUGCAUUAAGACUUGAAAGAUUUGUAGAUGUGUGAUGUUCAGGCACAGGAUGCUGAAAGCUAUGUUACUAUUCUUAGUUUGUAAAUUGUCCUUUUGAUACCAUCUUGUUUUCUUUUUGUAGGUAUAAAUAAAAACACUGUUGACAAUAA